AUGGCGUUGAUGUGGUUCUUCUUGCUUUUGUUCAUGUCGUUUGUCGCGGCACAGAAUGUCCCUCAGUAUGUCGACAAAAUCGCUAAGCGCGGCCUUUACAUCCGACAGCAAACAGCCUCGACCGAGUUCUUACCCAAAGCACCAAUCGUCGACUUAGGGUAUGCUCGUUAUGAGGGUUACUAUGACUCUUCAUUUGAUAUCUUCAGUUACAGAGGCCCGAACGAUGGCAGCUCCCAAAAAGACCAUCUCAGGGACAAAACGAAGAGAGGGUCUUGUCAGCAACUCAGAAUCCCCCUAGAUGUCCCCAAUCACCACCGGGGCCGAUAUGCCUUUGGUGAUGAAGACUGUCUCUUCCUGAAUGUGUUUACACCGGCUAACAAGACUCAAUUACCGGUGCUGUUUUGGAUUCAUGGUGGCGGAUAUGGCCAGGACUGGGCUGCAAACUACGACUUUUCAAACAUGGCCAAAACAGUAGGCAACGGGUUUGUGACGGUCAUUAUUCAAUACCGACUCGGCGCGUUUGGCUUCGCCUCAUCUGCUGAGAUUGGACAUUUCGGGGUGCCCAACGCCGGUAUCCACGAUAUGCGGUUCGCGCUGGAAUGGGUACAGGACUACAUCCAUCUAUUUGGUGGCGACCCUGCUCGUGUCACUAUUGCGGGAGAAUCUGCCGGUGGGGGCGGUGUGAUGCUCAUGACGAUGGCUAAUGGCGGUUCCGACGAGACCUCGCUGUUUCAACGUGCUAUUGUAUCGAGCCCAUAUCUGCCCAAUCAGUGGGAAUAUGAUGAUAUGCAACCUUCUCAGGCAUACUAUGACUUGGCUGCCCACGCCGGAUGCCUAGAUGCCAAGACCACGCAGAACGGGAGUGUCUUUACCUGCCUGCAAAACGUCGAUAGCAGCACGUUGCAAAACGCUAGUGCGUUCGUGAGCAUGGGAGCCAGAUGGGGCCAGUGGGCUUUCUUACCUGUCACUGACGGCAAUCUCAUCAAGCAAAGACCAACAGAGCAACUUUUGGAGGGGAAGGUGAACGGAAAAGCCAUUCUCUCUGGAAACAACGCCAAUGAGGGCACGCUGUUUGUUCCAACAGACAUCACCAGCCGAGACGAAUUUAUUUCUCUCUUGCGACGGAGCUUUCCGCUGUUGACAGACGGGAACGUGAGCACUAUUAUGAGGAUGUACGACAUCGGAGAGGAACCUACUCUGGGCCCCUUCUACCCAUCCAACGGCUUGACAGCCCCAUUCGCGACGAGUCUUUCAGGAAUUGCAAAAGGGUGGCUGCAAGCGGCGUACAACCUCUACGCCGAGGUCACAUUUGUCUGCCCCGCAACGUGGCUCGCGGAUGCUUUCUCCCACGGUAACGCCUCUCUGGCUAGACAGAUGCAAGCAUGGCGCUAUCAAUACUCGCCACCGCCUUCUUUUCACGACGACGACCUGGACGUUCUCAUGAAGGACGUUCAGGGAACCAACGAUACUGACGGCGCUGAUGAGAGUGUCGGCUUUCGAAUCGCGUUCCAGAGCAUGUGGGGUCGGUUUGUCAUUGAUGGCGACCCGACGUUGACCAACAAUGUUGCGCUGACGGUCAGUCAAGUCGGGGAAGAUGUUUCAGCUGCACAAAAGUCGCAAUGGCUGCCAUGGGGAUCGGCUAGUCCACGCCAGAACAGCUCGGCAUACCCGAUGCUGAACUUGAACCUGACUAGUCCUGAAGGUGGGAAAGCUGACUUCCGAGUCGUGGAUGAGAUCAAUCUUUCCCCAAGAGUCCCUACUCCACACGGGCUUUCGGCUCCGACAGAGACCCUCACCGAAGCCGGGACUAAACGCAGGCGCAUCGCGGCCGCAUGCACGGAGUGCCGCGUCCAAAAGGCCAAAUGCUCCGGUCACCGCCCGCAAUGUUUCCACUGCAACCGGAGGAACCUGGUCUGUGUGUACCCAUCAUCGACUUCGAGGCGCAAGAGUCGGCAGGCCGGUGGCCCACAGCCGCAGUCCCGGUCUCCGGAAUCAAGUAGCACCUUCAGCCAAAGUGCUUCAUACGAGGCCGAGUCAACACUACAACAACAACAACAACAACAACAACAACAACAACAAACACAACAUAGCGUCAGCAGGGCGUCUCUGAAUACGGCCCUAGACCACGCGCUCCUUAGCACGGACGUCAUCCGCCAGCAUCUCGAGGCCUACUUUGACCAUGUCUACCCGAUAGGCCACGACUUCUUCCACCGGCCUUCCGUGAUGGAGGAAUUCUACGCCGGAAAGCUGCCUCCGAUCCUUUGCACAUCGAUAUGUGCGUCUGCGGCCAUGUUCGUCUCCCGGUCGCGCGAGUCGCGCGUCCUAUCCGUACAAUGGGCCAAAGAAGUAGACGCCUACAUCUUUGGCAACCUAAACGUCUUCAAGGUUCUCAACAUCCAGCUCCUGAUCUUGUCCAUGUUCCAAAACUUCGCCUACAGGCAGUUUGGCAAGAUGUGGAUGCUCAUCAGCAUGGCCGCGCGGCUGGCAGUGUCGUUCCAGCUCAACGACGAGAGGCCGACGUCUGACAACGACACCACCGCCACGCUCAUCAAGCGCGAGUGCGAGAGGCGUCUCGUGUGGCAUGUGUGGAGCAUGGACAAGAUGCUCUCGGCGGGUCUCGAUGAGUUCACCGCGCUGCCGGAUCGGUGGAUGAGGACUUCUUUGCCAAACUCGGAGCAUGCUUUCUGUCAUGGACUGCUGAAGCCGACGAGCAGGCUUAGCGAUGGUGUGGAGGUGCUUGCAUCUCAUGAAGCUGGGCCUAAUGCCUACUUGAUCAUGCUCUUGCCAAUUCGCGGUGAGAUAUUACGGUUAACAAAGAGAAUUGUCAUAGAAAGCUACUCAGACCAUUCCCCAGAAGCAGUCUCUAAAGCUAUCACCGCCAUGACAGAAUUACGAUAUCGACUAAAGGCUUUCCUCAAAAACGUACCAAAACACCUUCAACUCGGCGAACUCAACAUGUUCUCCCACUCAACCACAUCAGAGUUCUCAUCGUACCUCACGCUCAACUCGUGGUACCUCCAAUGCUGCUGCGACCUCUUCCGCGUCGCACUCCCAGCUGCGUACAGGGAGAGCGCGUCCCCGACCUUCCUCGCGAGCGCCCCGCCAGACUUUGUCUCUGAAUGGCGCGCCCUCGUGGUCUCCCACGCCCUGCGCCAGGCGAGACUGUGGGAGUACCUCCAGAACCUCAGGGCCAAGGGCGCCCUGCAGUCGAAGCAGACCCGUAUCCCCCUCCGUCUCGAACACGGCAGCAUGGUGCACCAGUGCACCAAAACCCUCCUCAUGGCACGGCGGUGCAGGCUCUACGAUGAUCUGGUCGAUCCAAUCACCGGCGACGCGGUAGAGCUCAAUGACGAAGCAGUGGAGGCCCUGUGCCAGAGCAACAUCGCCCUGCUGGACGGCAUGGCCAAGAUCGCGCCCAUCAUCGCGGUGUUACAGCAAGACGUCGAGAAGAUGGUCGAGGCCGAUAAGAACAGGCGGCAGAACGACGCGGAGACGCAGGAGCUCGCGCCGGUCAGCAGCGAGAUCCAGCGGAACAACUUGCUGAGCAGAUAUCACCCGCUGUCCCAGAGCUUCGACAGCAACGCCAAGACGGCCGACGAGGUUGCUUUGCAGCACUCUGAUUCCCCUCAGCCCUCGUCUGUGCCUCAGACUUCCGACGCGGCUCCGGCAGACGUGACGAUGACGGACUCGGUCGAUAUCUACCCGGCUUCUCUAGCCAGCGCCGCCGGCCUCAAUGAUAUUGGCUCGGGUCUUGAUGGGCCGCUGACUUGGUCAGGGUUUGCGGAGAACCAGCUGGCACCGGACUACUUUGUGGCACCUUCGCAGUUCGACAUGAGCGGUGAGCUCAGCUGGUUUCUAUCGGGCUACAUGGAUCCGGAUCCCGCCAGUGUGUAA